CCCUGGGAGUUACGUCAAACAUGUCUUCUCUUCUUUUCCUCCUCUUCCUUCAGUGUCUCUCUCUCUCUCUCCUUGCAUGUGACGCUCGUUAUCUCCGGGGCAUUGCCACAGAGUCCAGUAUCCAAGUUCACUAUUCUGGCAAGGAACUGGAGAAGGCCAAACUUGAUGAGACGACUUCAGUUAUUAUUCCAUUGAAGAUGAAACCUUCCUUGCCAGAACAAGUCCGAAAGAGAAAGCAAGAAGCAACAGAUGGAGAAAGUAUGAUGGGCAAGGGUCAGGGUGGUGCAAUCAGUCACGAACCAAAUCAUUCAAAGGCUUCUUUGGAGGAAGUGGGAGAAACAAGAAAGAAGAUAUCAGGUUGCUGUUCAAAGUUCAAACCGAGUCUCUUCGCUGUUUAA